UCUCUCUCAGACUCGAGACAAUCCUGUGCUCCUCUUUAUGAGGACUAUGAUUCCCCAUCUCACCACGGAUCUAUGCAAUGUCUUCUCGACUGUUGAAGAGAUAUGCAGAUAGACUAGGGAUUCUCUUUUACCUUACCCUCCUCCCUCGCUCCCUCGCUCCCUGGACUCUACAGCCAGGCACGGAGGCGGGAAGUAGCAUUCUUUGCUGUUCGUGUCUGAUCAGAUGCUGAGUUUUCAGCUGGAUGCACCUUUUCCUUUUUUUCUCUUUCUCUCUCUCGUGCGAAGAGGGCGUCUAAUUCGAUCGGUCUAGCUCAUUUUAUGGAUGAGCUAGACCGAUUCUAGUUGCUCCUUCCCUCAUCUUCCAUCUUCCAUCAUCUGCUGCUGCUGCUGUCGUCCUUGCCUGCCUGCGUGCCUGCGUGCUGGCUUUCCAACCCUAUCGACCGACUCGCCAGCGCUGCAGCCGAAGAUUGCAUGAGAAUAUAUUCUUUGACUCGUUCUGGGACCUACCUGUAUCCAACGGCGCAUUGCCGAUUCAAUUAAGACUCCGCCCCCAGAGGAUAACCCGCCUCCGUCGUCAACGUGUGUCGGGGCAGCUCGAGAUAUAUCCACCGCCUCGUCAAUCUCGCGUCCGGUCCUAGGACUGUCGAAUUUUUUCUCUGCAAGAGCCAUUCCCUGCAUUCUUGAGCUGCGGCUGCUCACAUUGCUCUCACGGCGAUGCGAGCUGCCGAAUCGCCGAGUCUACACAGGAAUCCCCCAAUCUGGUGACACUUCCCACGCCUCACUCAUUCGUCUCUACCUGGAUCCGAUUAUCCUCCGAAUCGUGGGCACUACCUCGCGGUGUGGAAGGAUCAGCUCGGGGAGACGAUGCGUUGAGUGCUGCUAUCUUCUGCUACCGAGUGUGCUGCAAUCGUUCUUGCAUUGUCACUCUGCCAAAAAGCGUAUCUUUUUUCUUUCUGACCAUUACACCCCAGCGUUGAUUCUCUUCUGAAGGCUGUCACAUUCAGUAGCUUUUUCCUAGAGCUCGAGCUUCACUCGGAGUAUCCAGAAUCGUGGCUGCUAGCCGAUAAGCCGAGCUAGGUCCUCCCACCGGUACAGCGCGAAGUACACUACCAUCAAUGCCAUAGAGUCUCCCACUUUGUACACAAUGUGUGCGACAGCUCGGGCUCAUUAAACUCGAUCUACAUACAGUCUAGAUAGACACCUAUAGUGUUGUCGAGACUCUGAUGCUUAUGGCAGUCCCUACGCUCCCGGAUGCUGAAUUGCUCCCGACUCUCAAUUCUUGUAUGGAACGGUGUGUCUGUGGGCCGACCAGCGCUGCACUUGCAAGCUCCGAAGCUUGAUGAUCAUUCGUCCAGCUCCAGAGGCAACAUUUCUGCAAUUUCUCGUGUGACGUAGACGUAGCCCCUCCCGGGGAGACACAGUUUUCAAGCUGAGCAGAACUUCGUGUUCUGGUGUUUUCACCGUACGACGAGCUUCUCAGAGAACGAGUGAUUUGAAGAGCUACGCUUCGGUCCAGCAGCUCACGUUCGAAGAAUGGAGUGCGACCCCUGGGACUGGCAAGAUGAAGGACUCAAGCUGGAUGGCGGAUACACGCUAGAAACGGCCAAAUAUUUCUGGGACGAAAUGCCAUUCGACGAAGAUGUGUCAAAGACUUUACUGUCCACUCCCAUCGCCGACAUUCUGAGUCAAGAUCCACCCGUGUACGCGAUCCGCAACCAAGAUCCUGUAGCCGCUUCCACCCCCGGCUUGAGUGACAACGUGUUCCGCGGAGGAGGUCUUCAGGGAGCCUGCAGUCCCAGAAUCAAAAGACGUCGCCUGCUGUUUCGGGAACCAGAGUCGGCGUUCGAUUCCAGAGAGGAUUCUAGCGCUGGUCUUGAAUUCUUCACGGAUGGUGUUCCAGACAUUCAGGCACCUUUGGAGGAUCAAAGUUUGCAAUCAGAUGCAUUUUGGUACAGGCCUUGCGACGGUUCCGUGAAUGCUUUCGGAGACGUAGACGUCCUGGACGGCGGAUCUCACCGAUGGAUGGCCAAGUGUCUAGAAGAGGGCGAAUUGAGCAACAAGAUGCGCGAUGAUAUGAAGAUCGCACUGCCAGGAUGCGACUCUCCCAAUGCUCCCGGACAUGCCCCCCGCGAAGAGGACGUACAAGGCCCAGCCACCCCUCUACCGGGAAGAACUGCACAUGGAUGCAAGCCAAUCGAGCAGAGAAAUCAGCUGUCGCCGCCUUGUACUCCCAGUGCGGCGAAGUUUGCUGCAGCUGCUGCUGCUGCAGCGGCCCCAGUAGCUUACCCUUUCACUCUUUUGAAGCCCGAAGGCGGUCUCACGUUGCGGGAGAUCAACGAGAAGCUGAUGUCGCCACCGUCCCGGCCGGUGCCCCAUGUACAAGCAGAGGAUGCCUGGCCUACCUCCCCUGGCGAACUGGGCCUGGGGCUGUCGGGGAAGUCGGUCAUCACUCGGACGAGAAUUCACACCAUGGGAAAUGGUACAAUUACCAUCAUGAGAACAAGGGACUAGACUAAUUCAGAUGCAUGAACUGCUACGAGACGAGACGAGACGAGACGAUGGCAAGCCGCUUCCUGCUCGAAUGCGGAACUGGGCCCCUCGUGCAUACACAAAACCAGGGACGAUUUUCAGAUACAAUUCUCUCAAAGAGAGUGUCGUACCAGUCACACAUCACAUUACCUUGACACUAUCUAUGCCAGCCAGCCAACUGGUGUACUAGCAGGCGUAAUGAAUUUGUUAAUAAGGCCCAGGGCUGGUACCCGAGCUGUUUUUACAACGACUGUAGAAGCUCCCAACCUUUAGUGUAUAAUUUGUAUUGUAUUUCGAGAACUUUUGAACGAAUCUGAAUGUAAAGCCCCACAGCAGUGGAAUGUGCGAAAAACUGAUCAUUAGCGACUCUCCAGCUCCCCUCGACCUCAGGAGCGGGCAGAGAGAGAGAGAGAGGAGAAAAGACGAGUCUCCUCCAAAAGGAAGGAGCUGCUGCUGUUGAACUGGACGACAUUUUGUAUAACAAGCAUGUGUUCAACAAACAGAUGCCAUGGUAUUUUCACACCCCACGUUAUGUUGACUCCACUUCUCGAAUAGACAUGUGAUGUCCUACUUUGGGAUCUGGAUCUACAGCGGCGUAAAGUUUUCCCCAUUAUGUUUUUCGGGAUUCUCGACUGUGACUCCCUCCCUCCCUCCUUCCCGACACUGACAUGAGCCGAGGUCCGAACCCUGUUUCAUAACUCUACAGUGUGCCCGGCCCCGUCCCGUCUUC